GUAUGUUUUCCCAGCAUGCCCGGCGCUGCUGUCAUGGCUGCCCCCACGUAUCUGUAUCCUCACAUGGGACGCUGAUCCUGCGGGUGUCUACGGUACUUGUGGCCACUAGACGCCGGCGACUCUGGUCCCUCCUCCUUUCGCUUCCUCCUGCCCCGUGGGACUCUCGCGGGACCCCGUUUUGGGUACAGUGAUACCGGGAGGGAUGUGGACGCCGGAGCUGGCGCUUCUGAGAGGCUUCUCCACGGAGGCUGAGCGGUUGUCCUGGAAGCAGGCGGGCAUCUGUGGCUCAGAUGUUGGAGUUUUCUUGGACUUGCUGUUAGAAGGGAGCUAUGAGGCCAUGUUCUUACAUUCAGUGACACAAAAUAUUUUAAAUUCAACAACGGUGGCUGAAGAAAAGAUUGACAGCUACCUGGAGAAACAGAUAGUAAAUUUCUUGGAUUGCUCUACGGAUUUGGAAGAAAUUGAAAGGGCUCUUGCAGACCAAUUUGAAGAUAAAACUACAUCUGUACUGGAACGUCUGAAAAUUUUCUAUUGCUGUCAGGUACCCCCUCACUGGGCUAUUCAGCGCCAGCUUGCAGGUUUGCUCUUUGAGUUGGGAUGUACCACUUCAGCCCUUCAGAUAUUUGAGAAGCUGGAGAUGUGGGAAGAUGUGGUCAUCUGUUAUGAAAGGACUGGGCAGCAUGGGAAGGCAGAAGAAAUCCUUAGACGAGAACUGGAGAAAAAGGAAACACCGAGUUUAUACUGCUUGCUUGGAGAUGUUCUGCAAGAUCACUCCUGCUACGACAAGGCCUGGGAGCUGUCACGACACCGAAGUGCUCGCGCCCAGCGCUCCAAAGCCCUCCUCCACCUUCGGAACAAGGAGUUUCGGGAAUGUGUGGAGUGCUUUGAACGCUCAGUGAAGAUCAAUCCCAUGCAGCUUGGAGUCUGGUUUUCUCUAGGCUGUGCCUACUUGGCCUUGGAAGAUUACAUGGGCUCAGCGAAGGCAUUUCAGCGGUGCGUGACCCUAGAGCCUGAUAACGCAGAGGCUUGGAACAAUUUAUCCACUUCUUAUAUUCGAUUAAAACAAAAAGUCAAAGCUUUUAGAACUUUACAAGAAGCUCUCAAAUGUAACUAUGAACACUGGCAAAUCUGGGAAAACUAUAUUCUCACUAGCACAGACGUUGGGGAGUUUGCAGAAGCCAUUAAAGCUUACCACCGGCUCCUGGACCUACGAGACAAAUACAAAGAUGUUCAGGUCCUUAAAAUUCUGGUCAGAGCAGUGGUUAAUGGUCUGGCCGAUCGAAGUGGAGACGUUGCCUCCAGCCUCAAAGGCAAGCUGCAGGAGUUGUUUGGCAGAGUGACCUCAAGAGUGACCAGUGAUGGAGAAAUCUGGAGACUGUAUGCCCAAGUACAUGGAAAUGGGCAGAGCGGCCAGCCUGAAGAGAAUGAGAAGGCAUUCCAGUGUCUCUUGAAGGCAUACAAGUGUGAUACACAGACCAAUUGUUGGGAGAAAGAUGUUACAGCGUUUAAGGAAGUUGUUCAGAGAGCCAUAGGACUCGCACAUGUGGCUAUGAAAUGCAGCGAGAACAAGUCCAGCCCCCAGGAAGCUGUGCAAGCACUGUCUUCAGUUCGGCUCAGUUUACGUGGUUUGUUAUCCAAAGCAAAGCAGAAUUUUACAGAUGUGGCAAGUGGAGAAGUCUCUGGAGAGCUCGCCCAGGAACUAGCAGCUCUGAAUGCCCUGGAGGCCGAACUGCAGGACCUCAGCAACCAUCUUCGGAACCAGUACUGACUGUGCUAGGGACAGCUGCCAAAGGCACCUUUGCCUUCUCGGAUUCCUCCGUACCUGAGUAUCUGAAACACAAGAUGCUGAUUUUUAAAAUAAAUUUGUUUGCUGGCAAA